AACAAUAUGAAGACAUAUUGAACAGGUCUGGUGUUGACAGAAUACCUAUUUAUCAGUACCUGCAACAAUAGCACGGGAUAUUCCGGACAAUAUUUGUGAACUUGUCAUUCAGUUUGGUUUAGUGUUUUGGUGUUUAAAUGAAGAGAGCAAGUUACACUACAUUCGUAACAACCGUUGUUUUUGUGGCUGUGUGGUGUAUUACUUUUACAUACGGCAUGGCAGAGCAAUGCAUUAAGGGAUCAAAAAUUGUAACAGCAUGCACCAAUCACAGUGUUCCAACCGAUCGGAUGUUUAUACCAGUAAAUGGCAGUAUAGAUCAAGGUUGUUCGUGUGACGUCAUUAUAUUCCAAGCCACUGAUAAUUCCACCUUUUAUUCUCUCUAUAUGAAACAUGCAAAUCGAGUUAAUAUCAGUUGUGGAUAUAAAGUAGAUAUUUUCACCACCAACAAUAAUUACAGUAUAACGUGUUCAGAGUUUGGAUCACGUUCCAAUACUUUAAAAUUAAAUCAGCGCCAAAGAUUAAGAUUCACAACCCAUCAUGCACCAGAUCCCACCAAUACAACAGGGUUCUGUUUAUCGGUUUCAUCACAAGAAAAUGUACUGAUGAAGAUGGAUUGCUGGGACGUACACAAUCCAACACCAUUAACAGCAUCUACAACAUCCAUAGUCCGUACACCAUCAACCAACACUGCACAACAAUCAAGAACCUCCAUUCUGCCAGUAUCAACAUCGCCUAUAACUUCAAACAGUGAGUCAUCAACAAUUGUUUCAUUGACGACAACAACAUCCACUACCAAAAAUGCACAUGUGCAGAAUUCCAAAGUUGCUGCUAUUGGUGGAAGUAUAGGAGGAGGAAUAUUGUUACUGUUAGUUAUUAUAGUAAUUAUAUGUUUGUGUAGGAGACGACGCAACAAUAACUGUGAUAAACCAUCUGAUAGAAUCACCGAAAGUACCAACUACAAUAAUUUACGUGUGAAGGAUGAGAUGGUUAUUUUAGAUAAUGAUUUGUAUGUUAGUUAUGAUGAUAAAUACCAGUCCACAGCCUCACCUACUUCAGAUCUACAACAUGUACAGGCAUCAGUCCACAAUACACUAGAGAAGUCAAAUCCAAAACCUGUACAGAUACGUGGAUAUGUCACUACUGAUGUACAGCCAUCAGGUAUGACUGCUGAUCACAUUAAAUCAAUACCCUCCCCCGACGACAUGAUCAUUCUUGAAAAUGAUCUAUAUUUGAGCGCGGAUUCCAUUCCCAAUUCCGCUGCGGACAAUUAUGAUAAAACGAGCGACGAGCAAUUGGAUCAAACUGAAUUCGCCUUGAAACCGAAUCAGGGUGUAAGUAAUGGGUAUGCUGUAGUUAAUAAAACCAGGAAACCAAAUCAAAAACCUGCUAAAAGACUCCCCCGUGACUAACUGAUCAAUGCCCAUUUUGCACUCACAAACAAAUAUCUAUAUUGCGACUCUCCGUAUUUUUCUAACACUUUCUUGUGUAAAUACAAUAAGGAUCUCUUUGACUGAAAUAGCACAAGCUACUUACAGUGACCGAGAGAUGUCCAUCAUAAAAUCUCAAAAAGGGACAAUAACACUCUUGCUGGCUUGACAGUUCCAGAAAAUAAACAAAAAUAGCCUUAUUCUAAGGACUAGAUGUUUUAGUGUCCUACCUGUUGUGUAAAUUAUCCAUUAAAUCCUAUUUUACUUGU